GCGAGCAAAGCGCAUUCAGACAUUACGCAUUUCUUGAUUGCAGGCGAAAUGCGAACUUACUUGCUCGUCUUAAUUGCUGCUUUGUGCGCUUCUAGCAGUCUUGCUGCAGAAUGCCACGGCAAACCAAGUCCAGAUGCUCAACCCAAUGAAAAUUUGAUCCAAAAACCUGAUUUUAAGUUGGCUGGCUCCACGAAAAACGGAAAGUUGUAUACUGUUGGUACCGGCAACGAAGUACUAAAAGUUUUGCAUGUUUGGGGUACUCCUUACGAGAUGGGUAUCGCACAUGGUACAUUANUAAAGAAAGAAGCAGCCGACUUUAUGAAUCAAGUCUGGAGCUAUCUAGAAGAACAAGUGAUCGAGGCCAUCAACAGCAGUGUCAAUUUGAAGUUCCGCGACUGGUUUCUUCGCGAUGUCGCAAACCUUGGAUUAGAAGCUGCGUGUGACUUGGAAGUGGCUGUGACCAAGAAAUAUAGCGGUGGAUAUUUCUUGGAGGAAAUUAAGGGAUUGGCUGAGAGUUGUGGUGUCGACUACAAAAAAAUUCUUCGUAUCCAUAUGCUGGGAGAAUUGACCAAAGGUUCGUGCUCCAUGUUCGGUGCAUGGGGAAAUGCAUUGAAAGCUGGGCAAGGUGUUUUACAGCUGAGAGCGUUAGACUGGAAUAUGGACGGGCCGUUUAAGAAUUACCCCCAGCUUACUGUUUAUCAUCCAAACGCAAAUCAGACUGAUGACAACGGAAAACCUGCACACAGCUUCGUAAAUGUCGGAUGGACAGGUUGGAUUGGCUCCAUAACUGGCAUGUCUUCGUCAAAACUCGCAAUAUCCGAGAUCGGGGUUUCAUUUUCAGAUGCUUCUUUCGGUAAAGAAUCUCGGUUUGGUAUUCCAUUUACUUACAUUUUAAGAGACGUGCUUCAAUUUGAUUACACUUUGGAUGAUGCAAUAAACCGCAUGGCGAACGCUCAUCGAACUUGUGACCUUAUUUUUGGAGUCGGUGAUGGAAAAGAAAACCGAGGAUUCCGUGGCGUGCAGUAUUCUGCUUCUGUGGCAAACUUUUUUGACGACCAAAAUAUGAUGCCAGUUGCAGAAUGGCAUCCGAAAAUCGAAAACGUUGUCUAUUUUGGAAUGGACUGGCUUUGUCCAGGAUACAGCGAAGUUCUUUCAAGACAACUGAUGAAAUACCAUGGACAACUCACAGCCGAAACUGCAAUCACAAACAUAGUGUCUAUUGAACAGUCUGGUUCAACGCACGUAGCUAUAUAUGACCUCACAAACGACUUAAUGUACGUUUCGUUCAACAAGGCAGAUGUUCAAAACGGUCCGAAUGCAGCCUAUGAUCGGCCCUUUAUGGUUUUCAACACUGCAAAUUUGUUUUCUGAAAGUCGUCCAUAAAACGUCUACUUACUUUAGUAAUCAAUUUUAUUAAUUAAGCAUUUAUCGUAUUCACAGUAAAUAGUACAAUGACACUUUCUUUGAGGUAAAAUGUAAAAAAGUGAUUGCACAAUGAGUAAUUUUUGCAUUAAAUUGGCACUGUUAAUAAAUCAUGUAAUUCAAAC